CGGUGCUUCAUGGGUGAUGUCGUGUUCAGCACCUCUAUGGCCAUGUCUGAGGUAUAAAGCGAUGAUCGGCUGCGAUCUUAAGGCUCUGCACGGCACACUCAUUCAGCCUCACUACAGAUCCCAGUCAUCAUGCUUCGUCGAGCUGCUAUCCUCUCGCUCGCUGCCCUUGCGGCAGCGAAAGAAAUGCCCAAGGAUGAGUUCAAGGCCGCAGAGCUCUUCGACUCGGGUAUCCGCCACGAGAACAACAAGGCUCUGAAGCUCGAAACAUGGGCUGCACAGGAAGCUGCUGGAGUUUACGCUUCAGCUCAGUACGCUGAACUUGCGUCCAUCGCCAACUGUGCCAACGGCACGGCAAAGACGGCAACGGACACCUUCAAGUGCAAGAACAUCGAUCUCUACCACUUCCUGUCUCACUCCGCUCUGGGCAGUACCUAUGGCUUUGGUUCUUCAUCGUGGGGCUGGACAUCGAGCACCGGCCGUGAAUUCGUCGCUAUCGGCCAGUCUGAUGGUACAGCUUUCGCCGAGAUUACCGAGAUGGGCAAGUUGUCCUACCUUGGACGUCUUCCUCAGUAUUCCGUUCGCAGCCAAUGGCGCGAGAUCCGUGGCCAGAACGACUACAUGAUCAUUGGAUCUGAGGCUGUAGACCACGGUAUCCAGAUCUUCGACAUGAAGAAACUGCUCACCAUCAGCCCUUCGGCUCCCAAGACCUUCAGCAACAGCGCUGAUCUUGCUGGUCACUACAAGGGCCUCCCCACCGGUCGCACUCACAACGUCGUCACUAACCCUGAGACAAACUUCAUCUACUCCGUCGGUGCCAUGCCUAGGACCGACAAAUGCAAGUCUGGUAUUAUCUUCAUUGACAUCUCGGACGUCAAGAACCCCACAAGUCCCGGCUGUGCUUCUGCCGACGGUUAUGUGCACGACGCCCAGUGCCUGAUUUACCACGGCCCUGACAAGACCUACGAGGGCAAGGAGAUCUGCUACGGUUUCAACGAAGACACACUUACGAUCUACGAUGUGACCAACAAGAAGGCACCCGUGAUCCUCUCGAUCACCUCUUACACCGGUGCAGCAUACACCCACCAAGGUGUCGUCCUCGACCCCAAGGAUCAGCGCUACCUGCUGCUUGAUGAUGAGUACGAUGAGUACGACAAGGUCGGCCCUGCUGCGCCCGGCAACCCCAUCACCUACAUUUGGGACAUAUCCAGCUUGAAGGCACCUAAGCAGACUGGCUACUACAAGUCUGGUGCCAAGGGUGUCGACCACAACCAGUACGUCGCCAACGGCUUCGCGUACCAGUCCAACUACGGCACCGGCUUCCGCGUCCUCGAUGUAAGAUCUAUCCCUAGCGACCCCACUGGCAAAGGCGUCAAGGAAAUUGGUUUCUUCGAUGUCUACCCUGAAGACGACAACGUGACCGGUGGAGGAAAGGUCGACUUCGUCGGCACGUGGUCCAGCUAUGCGCUCUUCAAGAGCGGUUACAUCCUCGUCAACACGAUGGAGCGUGGCGCAUUCGUCCUGAAGCUGCAGGCUGGUGCUACCGCAUAAGGGACGGCACGAAUGCAAG